UGAGCCAUAAAAGCUCAUUUGAGACUCACCAGAGUAGAACUGUGGGACAAAGAGAGAGAGAGAGAGAGAUAUUACCCCCUCUGACUCCAACACCGAGAGACUCACUCAUUUCCCCCACUCUCAACAGCUGAGUUCAACGCGACUGGACUCUCUCUCUCUGUCCUCUGGAUACCUUUACUCUUCAUAGAAAAUGGAGAUUUAUGUCAAGGAUAUGAAGAAACCAAGAUCAGUGUUCAGCAAUAUAAAGAUGUUUGUGCUGUGUCAUGGCCUGCUGCAGCUCACCCAGCUCCUGUACAGCUCCUACUUUAAGAGCACCAUAACCACCAUCGAGAGACGCUUUGGCCUCAGCAGCUUCUCCUCCGGUACCGUCUCCUCUCUGCACGAGGUGGGGAACACAGUUCUGAUAGUGUUUGUGAGUUACCUGGGCAGCAGGGUCCAUCGGCCUCGUCUGAUUGGACUGGGUGGCCUGCUGAUGUCCAUCAGCGCGCUGAUCCUGGCCCUACCUCACUUCCUGUCCCAGCCCUAUGAGUUUGACUCUGUCAUACAUGAUCGCCAAGACCUGUGUUCCCUCCAGGGUCCCUCCAACACCACAGAGGCCUGUGGGAAGACAGAGAUCAAGCGUAUAGCAGACACCAACAACUUGUGGCUGCUCAUGGCUAUAGCUCAGCUGCUGUUCGGGGUGGGGUCUGUUCCCAUACAACCUUUUGGUAUCUCUUAUGUGGAUGACUUCGCCGGACGAGGCAACUCCCCCCUCUACAUAGCCAUCCUGUUUGCUGUGUCUGUGUUUGGACCUGCCUUUGGCUUCCUUCUGGGCUCCGUCAUGCUGAGGAUCUAUGUGGACGUGGACAGAACCGGCUCAGUCACCAACGCUGAGCUGGCUCCUACAGACCCUCGCUGGGUGGGUGCGUGGUGGAUGGGCCUCCUCGUCUCCUCUGCCAGCCUAGCCCUGACCUCCAUCCCAUACUUCUUCUUUCCUCGCAGCAUGCCUCUGGAAGGCAAUGUAAGUGGAACUGACAUUCUGAAUGAAGGCUCCGAAAAGCCUGAGAUCUCACUGCUUGAUUUCCUUAAGAUGUUCCCCAGGCUGUUUGUCCGUCUGCUCCUCAGUCCUCUGUUUCUGCUGUUGGUUCUGUCUCAGUGCUGUUUCUCUUCAGUCGUCGCUGGCCUCGCCACCUUCCUCAACAAAUUCCUGGAGAGACAGUACAGCACGACUGCCGCUUACAGCAGCCUCCUCAUAGGUGCGUUGAACCUUCCUUCGGUUGCCGUGGGGAUGCUGGUGGGCGGGGUCAUCAUGAAGAAGAUGGGUCUCUCUCUUAAGGCCAUCCCUCGUUUCUCUGUCGCCAUGCUGUCCAUCUCUGUCCUCCUCCUCAUCCCCCUCUUCUUCAUGGGAUGUCCCACACAGAGGGUGAAAGAGGUCAACUAUGGAUUCCAAGGGUCUCUGGCCAAUUGUUAUUCCAACUGCUCCUGUCCUGCUGACUCCUUCAACCCCGUGUGUGGAUCAGACAACACUGAGUACCUGUCUCCCUGCCACGCAGGUUGCAAAGACUACACCAAAGACCCCAACAACAAAUUCAGAGUUCUGGAGUACACAGACUGUAUCUGUACAGCUCACAGCCAGGGUAGUGGUGGGGGUAUUGCCCGCCCCGGCCCCUGCCCCAACCAAUGUCCUCACUUCCUGCUUCCUGUCAUGUUCCUCAUCUCUCUGGCCGCGAUGAUCGCCUCUCUAACACACAAUCCCAUCUAUAUGAUGGUUCUCAGAACUGUUCCCCAUGAAGAGAAAUCUUUUGCCAUCGGAGUCCAGUUUCUGCUCAUGAGAGUGCUUGCCUGGUUACCAGCCCCAGCCCUGUUCGGCAUGACCAUCGACAGCUCCUGUAUUUGGUGGAAACAUGCCUGUGGCAACCGGCUGGGCUGUGGUUACUAUGACAAUAACACCCUGAGGAACAGAUACCUGGGUCUGCAGGUGUGCUUCAAGGUGAUGGGGAUCUUCCUGCUGGGGCUGGCUGGAUGGAAGGUCCAGAAGACCAGGGAGUACAACCUGGAAAAACGGCCUGAUGCACCACUGUGAUCCUGGGAUACGACUGCCCGCUUGGCUCCUUAUCUCCUUCCUUCCUCCCCCCUCCCUCUCUCUCACACGAUAGAGACUGGCCACUGAGGACCACUAUACCCCUCCCUCUCUCUCACACGAUAGAGACUGGCCACUGAGGACCACUAUACCCCUCCCUCUCUCUCACACGAUAGAGACUGGCCACUGAGGACCACUAUACCCCUCCCUCUCACACGAUAGAGACUGGCCACUGAGGACCACUAUACCCCUCCCUCUCUCUCACAUGAUAGAGACUGGCCACUGAGGACCACUAUACCCCUCCCUCUCACACGAUAGAGACUGGCCCCUGUGGACCUCUUUACCCCUCCCUCCCUCCCACACGAUAGAGACUGGCCACUGAGGACCACUAUACCCCUCCCUCCCACACGAUAGAGACUGGCCACUGAGGACCACUUUACCCCUCCCUCCCACACGAUAGAGACUGGCCACUGAGGACCACUAUACCCCUCCCUCACACACGAUAGAGACUGGCCACUGAGGACCACUUUACCCCUCCCUCCCUCCCUCCCACACGAUAGAGACUGUCCACUGAGGACCACUAUACCCCUCCCUCCCUCUCACACGAUAGAGACUGGCCACUGAGGACCACUAUACGCCUCCCUCCCACAUGAUAGAGACUGGCCACUGAGGACCACUAUACCCCUCCCUCCCACACGAUAGAGACUGGCCACUGAGGACCUCUUUACCCCUCCCUCCCUCUCACACGAUAGAGACUGGCCACUGAGGACCACUAUACCCCUCCCUCCCUCUCACACGAUAGAGACUGGCCACUGAGGACCACUAUACGCCUCCCUCUCACACGAUAGAGACUGGCCCCUGAGGACCUCUUUACCCUCCCUCCCUCCCUCCCACACGAUAGAGACUGGCCACUGAGGACCACUAUACCCCUCCCUCUCUCUCACACGAUAGAGACUGGCCACUGAGGACCACUAUACCCCUCCCUCUCACACGAUAGAGACUGGCCACUGAGGACCAGUUUUACCCCUCCCUCCCACACGAUAGAGACUGGCCACUGAGGACCACUAUACCCCUCCCUCUCACACGAUAGAGACUGGCCACUGAGGACCACUAUACCCCUCCCUCCCACACGAUAGAGACUGGCCACUGAGGACCACUAUACCCCUCCCUCCCACACGAUAGAGACUGGCCACUGAGGACCACUAUACCCCUCCCUCACACACGAUAGAGACUGGCCACUGAGGACCACUAUACCCCUCCCUCCCACACGAUAGAGACUGGCCACUGAGGACCACUAUACCCCUCCCUCACACACGAUAGAGACUGGCCACUGAGGACCACUAUACGCCUCCCUCCCACGCGAUAGAGACUGGCCACUGAGGACCACUUUACCCCUCCCUCCCACACGAUAGAGACUGGCCACUGAGGACCACUUUACCCCUCCCUCCCACGCGAUAGAGACUGGCCACUGAGGACCACUAUAGCCCUCCCUCUCUCUCACUGUGCUAAUGCAAUCCACCACUUUACUACAAUCUCCUGUCUCGCAGGAGAGAAGAGACUCACCUGACACUGAGGUACACUGUGCCUUGCAACUGGUCUGCUAAUGCAGGGUCUGAAUAUAACGGAGGGACUACUGUGAUUAAACUCUGAGUGGCCAGCCCUAUUCCUAUAUAAGCGUUUCACAUGACUCCUCCCAGUGGGCUUAGCUGGUUAUGUUAAGGUUGUUUCUUCUCUCGCUGAGGUCCACCUGUGCUUUUCAAUGGAGAGUACUGUGCUGUAUACUAGUGUAUCAACUGUAUACUAGUAUAUCAACUGUAUAUCAACUGUAUACUAGUAUAUCAACUGUAUACUAGUGUAUCAACUGUAUACUAGUGUAUCAACUGUAUACUAGUGUAUCAACUGUAUACUAGUAUAUCAACUGUAUAUCAACUGUAUACUAGUGUAUCAACUGUAUACUAGUAUAUCAACUGUAUACUAGUGUAUCAACUGUAUACUAGUAUAUCAACUGUAUACUAGUGUAUCAACUGUAUACUAGUAUAUCAACUGUAUAUCAACUGUAUACUAGUGUAUCAACUGUAUACUAGUGUAUCAACUGUAUACUAGUGUAUCAACUGUAUACU